AAAACAGAAAAAGCCCGUCGGGUGCGCCAGAACGAUUUGCGGGAUGGUAAUCUCAGGGUCAAGGGAGAAAACUUCUACAGGGAUGCAAAGAAGGUGAAGCAUCUGAACAUGUACAAGGAGGGCAAGGCCGUGAGAAAUGCAAAAGGUGAGAUUAUCAAGGCUGCGUACUUGCAGGACACAAAGGCCCCAACGGCCAGGGUGGACCCCAACAGACGGUGGUUCGGUAACACCAGGGUGAUUGCGCAAGACGCUCUGACGCAUUUCAGAGAGGCCAUGGGCGACAAGAAGGACGACUCGUACACUGUGCUGCUGAAAAGAAAUAAGCUGCCCAUGUCGCUUUUGGACGAGAAGGACACGAGCGAAUCUCCGAGCGCGCGUAUUUUGGAAACGGAGUCGUUCGAACAUACGUUUGGCCCCAAGGCCCAGCGCAAGAAGCCUACCACGGUGGCUUCUUCUCUGGAAGAGCUGGCUCGGCUCACCUCUGCGGAACAGACACAGUAUGAGGAGAAACAGGAGCUCAAGCCCACGCUCGGACUUAUGGGAGGUUUUGACACCGAUGAAUUCAGCGCGGAGGCCAAGGAGUUCAUUUUCUCCAAAGGCCAGUCCAAGAGAAUCUGGAACGAGCUUUACAAAGUGAUCGACUCGUCGGACGUGGUUAUCCACGUGCUGGAUGCGCGUGACCCGCUAGGAACACGGUGCCAGUCUGUCGAGCAGUACAUCAAGAAGGAGUGUCCUCAUAAGCAUCUGAUCUUUGUGUUGAACAAGUGCGAUUUGGUUCCCACAUGGGUUGCUGCUGCAUGGGUGAAACACUUGUCCAAGGACUACCCAACCCUGGCGUUCCAUGCCAGUAUCACCAAUUCGUUCGGUAAAGGAUCGCUGAUCCAGCUGCUGCGUCAGUUUUCCGUUCUUCACCAGGACAGGAAACAGAUCAGUGUUGGUUUCAUUGGGUACCCAAACACAGGGAAGUCGAGCAUCAUCAACACGUUGAGGCGCAAGAAGGUGUGCACGGUGGCUCCUAUUCCGGGAGAAACAAAGGUGUGGCAGUACAUUACGUUGAUGAAAAGAAUCUUUCUAAUCGACUGUCCGGGAAUCGUGCCGCCAUCCACGAAAGACACCGAGGCAGACAUUUUGUUCCGCGGUGUUGUGCGUGUGGAGCACGUUUCGAACCCGGAACAGUUUAUUCCAGAUCUUCUGGCCAAGUGCGAACGCAAACAUCUGGAAAGAACUUACGAGAUCAAGGGGUGGAAAAAUGCGACGGAAUUCAUUGAGAUGCUGGCGCGCAAGCAUGGAAGACUGCUGAAGGGAGGCGAGCCCGAUGAGAGCGGGGUGGCCAAGCAGGUGAUUGCCGAUUUCAACAGGGGAAAGAUUCCGUGGUUUGUGCCGCCUCCAGAGGACACUGAGGAGCGCACAGGAGUGGACAAGAAGGCGGCCUAUAAGAGAAAGCGGGCCGAGCGCGAGGAGCGUGCCGAGGCCGAGCAGCAGGCAGAGUACGAGGCCGAGCAGGAGGACGACUUGCUGCCAAAGAAGCAGAGAACUGAGUAG